AUGUCUUUAUUCGCUGACUUUUGGUUUAUAGAUCGCGGUUUUGACGCUGUCACUCCUCUUCUACACGAAUUGACCCUGCAAGCGAUGUGUCAAGACGUACUCGGAAUCGAGAACGACGUAUAUUGCUAUGAAACCGGUGGCAAGAGCCAUGAGCUCAUCUUAGAUGAAAAUGAUGAACUAUGGAUUAAAACUCGCCACAAGCAUAUUGCUGAUGUAUCUCAGGAAAUUGUCAAAGGGCUAAAAAAGCUUGGUGACACAAAAGAUGCUUCUAAAGCUGUUGCAGAUGUCAAAUCAAUCAAGGAUCUUUCGGAACUAAUCAAGAAGAUGCCACAGCAUCAGAAAGAAUUGAAUAAGUUUACGAGCCAUUUUCAUUUGGUGGAGGAUUGCAUGCGAAACUACCGAAAUGGCGUAGAUAAGCUUUGUAAGGUUGAGCAGGAUUUGGCCACACAUCUCAAUGUUCAAGGAGAAAGAAUUAAAGAUCCCGUAAGAUUGAUGGCGCCACUUUUGAUAGAUCCGGAGCUUAUCCUUCUAUACAUUCUUGGCCAGAAUGGUGUCACUGAAGAAAAUCUCAAUAAACUACUUCAACAUGCGAAUGUCCCAAUAACUGAGAAGGAAACGAUAACAAAUUUGGCUCUGCUAGGCUUAAAUGUGACAACUCAACAAGGUAGAAAGGACAUCUGGACCCCAACAAGAAGAGAACGAGCAAAUGAACAAGUUUAUCAAACUUCUCGUUGGGUUCCCGUGUUAAAGGAUAUUAUGGAAGAUACAAUUGAUGGCAAACUUGACCCAAAACGCUUUUCAUCCCUACCCAAUCACUAUGCACAUGAAGGCCGAGGAUUUGCGAAGUCCGCGCGCUACGGUCGAUGGCACAAAGAGGGACCAACAGCUGCCCAUAGUGGACCACGACUGAUUGUCUACGUCGUAGGAGGCGUUACGUAUUCGGAAAUGCGAGCAGCUUACGAA